AUGAAGCCUUCCAUGGGCGUCCGACUACGCUUGACAAUGAAUCAUCGACGUAAUCUUCGCUAUAUUGUUGUAUUGCCAGUAUGUGGUGCAUUAUUCUUGGUCAUGUACUUGCUUACGAAGACACCGACGCCUUAUACUUACGACAAACUUACGGAUGAAGAGGAUAGACGGUAUAAUACACAAACGAUGCUACAUCAAUGGCCAGGACAAUGUCCGAUCAAAAACUUUGAGCAAUUACGUCGUCUUUCAAUUGUCUAUACGUGGGUUAAUGGUAGUCUACCAUGCUACCGUGAAUUACGUGAAAAGACUGGCGGUAAAAAAGCCAUUGGGGGUUCGCGGGACCGAGAGAUUGGUGAACUUCUGUACUCAAUCCGAUCAUUUGAAAAAAAUGUACCAUGGCACACGGGACAAAUCUUUCUUGUGACACCUGGUCAUAUUCCUCAUUGGGUUGACAUGAAUAAUCCACGGAUUAAAGUAAUCAAUCAGGACGAUCUGUUUCCAGAGUAUGCCAAACCCUUUUUACCGACGUUCAAUACGCACGUAAUUGAACAAUUUCUGUAUCGAAUUCCAGGUCUUUCGGAUAUCUACAUGCAAGUGAAUGAUGACUAUAUGUUUCUAAAACCCAUUGCUCCACACGAGUUCUUUUCAUGUGACGGAGGUAUUCGACUACUACAUGAAGGUGGACUGAUCUCUCACGCUCCGCCUACACCAAAGAAAGGCAUUUGGAUUUCAUCCGUCCUCAAUACACAGCAAGAAAUGGAUCUACGCUGGGGGAAGACGGAUCGCUAUUACAUUAAACACGCGCCCUAUGUUUACUCACGUCGGGCAUUUGAACGCCUUCACCAGAUCUAUGAUCGUCCGCUGUAUAUGACACUCAAGAGCAAGUUCCGUGCCAAACCAGAUAUGAACAUGCCACUGCUGCAUCAUUACUAUAUGAUUGCCCAGGGCAGUGAAGAGCUCGGUAUUCCUAUUUACUCACCCCCUGCAGAACAAAUGACCGGAUACAAACUGAUUCUCAUGAAGAACAACAACAUUGACAGUCUCAAGCAAAUUUUUGGACGGAUCUUGGACGGUUCCUCGCCUUACAAAAUUGUCGCGCUUAAUGACGAGUACACGGAUAUGCGUGUAGCUGACACGGUCAUUGCAUUCCUCGAAAAGCUCUUUUCUGAACCCAGUAGCUUUGAGCGCAAACCAGGCUCGGAACCGAACGCGCUUUCCGUGCACAAGCCUGGCUCAUGCCAAGUGGACCCGGCAGUCUUGCCGCCGUCUCCGCCGAGGGUAGAAGCUGCACCAAAGUACCAAGUGAUUGCGUAUCGCGAGCUGCGCUGGGUGGCAUUUACUAAUUCCUUGCUACGUGGUAUGGGCUUUGGCCUUGGCGGCAUUAUCAUGUACAUCCUCGCUUUGCUUGUACAGCGUCGUAACAAGGCACCCAUUGGCUCGAAGAAGAAGGUUGGUCCGUACGACAAGGUGUAA